AUGCAGGGUGUGUUAGUGUUCCUGGAGCUGUGGCUGGCCCUUCUUCCCAUUCAAGCAGCACCUUCAUCCCAUCUCAUCCACCGGGCACCUCGUCUGCUGCCAGAACGGGCUUUACAAGCCAACGAGAGCUACGAUGGCAGCUGCACGUGGACAGACUGCACCAAGUGGAACCUGCUCUCUUCCAAUGUGAACUUCCGUUUGAUCUUCCGGCCCACCGUCACUUCCACGGAAGUUCGGCCUCCCCAGUCGCUCAUUCUGCCAGUGGACACGAUUGAUGAGCUCUCGAGCGCUGAGUGUGGACCGUGCGCUGCUGACGCUGAUGCGUUCCGCCGGCUGACGCUGAAUACCGGCCUGGUGAACGAAACUGAGGCGGCAAUCUUUGGGACGGACUUCUGCUCCGUGUCCUUCAUCGUGUGUAUUCGACUCCCAGAUGGGGCUGAGGGGUACCUGAUGCUGUUGUGGGAUCAGAUGGAUCAGGUGGACCGAUGGGCGGCGUCCCUUAGGAGAGAAGGGAAGACGGUGCCUUUUCCUUCUGAGGUGUAUGAGCUGGAGGCCAUUCUGGGUUUGUGGAUUUGGAGUAUCCCAUUUGAGGGCCAGCUGACUGAGGACAUUGGCAAUUUAGCAACACUGCGGCUGCUCGCGUUAGAACAUGUGCGCACAAAGAACGUCAACAGGGACACAAGGAUCACAUUCUCAUGUCUCUAUGUAUGUGUCUCAGACACACAUGUACGGGAGACUCCCCGCGUCGCUUGGCAAUCUGACGUCUCUCAAGGUCCUAUCCAUUGUAGGCUCAUUACAGGAGGUCACUUUCUCGGGACUGCUGCCCCCCGCGCGACUACAGUCCCUCGAUUUUCUCUGGAUCAUGGACACUUCAUUCGGGGGCUCGUUGGAUGAGCUCGCCAAUCUCACGCAACUCAAGUAUGUCCAUCUCCGGCGGCCUGGCCUACGGCUAUCGCAUGUUCCUUCCACCCUCGGCCCCAACCUGACGUCUCUUACACUCAGCGAUGUCGGUUUGAGCGGCCCCUUGUCUGAUGGGUUUGGAUCGACCUGGCCGUAUCUCUUGGGGCUAGACCUGUCGGACAAUCAGGUCGGUCGAGAUAUCAUGGAAAACAGAGCACUACCCUUGAUGAUCAUGGCUGACUUGCUGUUGCAGCUCUCGGGGCCGCUCCCCUCAGCGCUUGACAACGCGAUGAAUCUAACUUACAUCGAGCUUUGCUGCCAAGGGGGGACAAAUGGAGGCUUUCAGGGCAGGCUUCCUGCUGAGUGGGGCUCACUCACAAAACUCGAGUUUCUCGAUUUGGAACAAAACAAUCUCACUGGCGCCAUCCCUGAGCAGUGGGUCAACUUAUCGUCAUUGCAGACGUUGAAUUUGGGACACAAUGGGCUCUCGGGGACUCUGGAAGCUCUCGGCAUGCUUCGGAAUCUCAAGGAUUUGUAUCUCAGCAACAACCAGGUCCGGUCGGUGAACUCACGCAUCCACCGCUACUGGUCUGCUCCAGCCAUUCUCUCUCACUUCUCUGUCUUUCUCUCCCUCUUCUUGUGUGUGUGUGUGUGUGUGUCUCUGUGUGUGUGUGUUUGUCUCUGUGUGUGUGUGUGUGUGUGUGAUUUCGAUGUAGUUCAUAGGACAGGUGCCUGACGGGCUGGGGGAGUGCAGGAAUUUGAUGUUCUUCAGCGCUGCGUACAACCAAGUCGGUGGAGAGACGCCGAAGGAAAUGGAUGACCAUUUACAGAUGCUUUGUUGUUGCAGCUAUCGGGGUCACUCCGCGCAGCACUUGGCAAGGCGACGGAUAUACGAGGAAUCGAACUUUGCUGCCAAGAAGAGACGAAUGGAGGCUUCGAAGGCAGCCUUCCUGCUGAGUGGGGCUCACUCACAAAACUGGAGUUUCUCAACUUGAGAGAGAACAAUCUGACUGGCGCCAUCCCCGAGCAGUGGGGUAACUUAUCGUUAUUGUGGGGGUUGGAUUUGAGAACCAAUCGGCUCUCGGGGACCCUCGACGCCAUUGGCUGGCUUCCAAAUCUCUGGGAAUUAAGUCUUGGAAACAAUAGGUAA